GCAGAUGUUGCUGCUCUAAAGUGUUACCUCUGUAAUGAAGUGGGUAACGAUGCUUGUUCAAAGAGUAAACUGGACAGCAAUCAAACUAAAUACUCGAUGGACUGUGGUGAUCUCUCCGACCGCUGUAUUAGGCUGAUUAGGUAGGAAAACGAGGUAUUUGACAUCAAGGAGUAAGUGCAGCCUGCGCCACUCAAAGUCUCUGUGAUUCUUUGAAAGCUGCUUACGACAAACUCGACACCUGCAACGACGUGGCCUGCUGUGACACUGACUACUGCAACGCAGGCUCAGCUGUUUUCUUAAGCGUGUUCUCGAUGGCUGUUUGCUGUGUUGUAGGCCUGGUGCUAGUAAUGUAA